CCGCCAUUUACUUUUCUUGUCAAGAGAAAGUGUAAUUGUUUUUGUAGCAUUUGAAUAAUAUAUUUUAACAUUUAAAGCACUACAGUGUAAAGGACAUCAUACGCAGCUGUAUUGAUUAUAACAUUCACUGUAGACAGGGAGAUUCGGAGAUAGAGGAAUACUGUUGGAAGUAGAAGUAAAAGUUCAUGGAUUGUAUUGAGGCUGUUGUUAAUGCUGACUGUGAACCUUCUACUUAAGACUGGUUUAUAUUGAAUGGUCGGAUACAACCUGUGUGCCUUUGGAUUUCAAGCUUUAUUGCAAGUAAGAACUUGAACAGUAAAGAUGGCUUCUGCAGACAGCAAUUCAUUGGAAGGAGUGGCUGGAGAUGUUUACGAUGCUGACGGGGCAGCACAAAAUGGUGAUAUAGUCGAAGAAAAGCCAGCACUAGAAUUUAUUUACAUCUCUGAAAACAAACUGAAAUACAUUAAUAACAACUAUGAAAAAGUCAAUGCUAAGAUGUAUGAUUACAAAUGCGAUGUGAAGUUGGUCGUAGGGAAGUCCAAUUUUAAAGGUCAUCGUAAGGUUCUAGCCGAUGCCAGUGACUAUUUUUCAGCGAUGUUUAAUAAUGCUAUGAAGGAAAAAGAUGAAAUGGUGAUUGAAUUGAAGGAUAUCAGUCCUGAUGGGUUUGGUGCCAUGCUGGACUACUUUUAUCAUGGUCAUGUGACCGUAGAAGAAAAAAUAGUCCCUGACAUUUUGGAAGCAGCUAGAUUCUUCCAUGUUGAAUGGAUCUUAGAUAUUUGUUGUGAUUAUAUGAUUAGACAUCUGAGCAUGUUAGAUUACCCCUUGACCAUGGAGCUUGCAGAUCGAUAUUCCCUGGGCGAUCUGCGUUACGAGAUUUUCAAGUUUUUCGGAAACAACCUCCCAACUUUGAUAGAGAAAGAAAACUUCUUGAAAGAACUGUCGGUAGAGCUACUUCUGCAGUUUCUGAUGGAGUUUAUGUACGUGGAAAUGUCGGAAUUUUUCCUUCUCCAGCUUAUCUUGCGAUGGGUGGAAGUCGACAAAGAUGGCCGCAAGGAGCACUGCCUGCCGUUACUACGACAAAUGCGGUUUCACACGAUGGAGCUAGAAGAACUUGAAGAAAUCCCGCGAGAGGCCUUGGAGUUUAAGGAAAUCAGAGAUGAGAUUGAGGACGCUAAAACCUACUGCCUGGAUGUAGCAUCCCAGUGUCUUCGAACCGGCGAGAAGUACCAUGCCCGUGGGUCGCGUAAAGUCGUCGUUGUGUCCGGCUUUAAUGACGAUCUUGAGCAGAACAUCGUCUUGUACAAGGACCCUGAAAAUGAAGAGGCUAAUGUUUUUGUUGAACAGCUUGGCCAAUCAGGUUUGAAUUGCGACUACACGAGCAUGAGUCAGACGAGUUUGGGCAACUUCCUGUUUGCCGCAGGUGGUUAUAACGAUGAAUACAUUGCCUCUGUGUGCGUGUACCGAUACGAUCCAAGAUUCCGAGAGUGGACUGAAAUAGCCUCCCUUUCUAAAGGAAGAGUCUCCUUUGCUUUUUGCAGCUCGAAAAAUCGUCUUUUCGCCAUUGGUGGUGUCUUUCAUUGUAUAGGCGAUGUUGAAAGUGGAGAGGAAAUAUUGUCGUCUAUGGAAGUCUACGCACCAGAGGAAAAUGCUUGGAAAGAAGGUCCCAGCCUUCCAUUCGGGAUGUUUGAUUUGGCAGCCGUAUAUUGUGAUAAUUCGAUCUACAUCAGUGGAGGGAUUAGCGUUGUUCCCGACCAUACGGUUCCCAUUCAGUCCAUGUUCCGUCUGCAAGAUGGGGCACGAGAGUGGUCUCCCCUGCCCGAUAUGCUGGUCCCGCGUCAAGGUCAUGGGGUCGUGAACCACGGAGGAAAAUUAUACUUCUUGGGCGGUUACACGUCGAAACCAAACAUGGGCGGAUUUGUUGACUGUAACCAGAACGAUAUGUUUGAUUUGGAAACACAACAAUGGACCACGAUUUGUUCGACGCCGGAAGAUUUUGGACAUUUGUUUAGGCAAAUAGCUUGUGUGGCGAAAAAGAUCUUUUUCUUGGUGAACAAAGAUUCCGAGAUUCAUAUUUAUUUCUAUGACACUGAAAAAGACGAACUUGUGCCAGGGUCAGUUAUCGCAGCAAAUGUUCACAAAGUUAGCGUUCUUGAUGUGGCUUACCCUCUCACUUAGUCGUUUUUUACAUCGCCAUGAUUGUGUCUUUGUGGUUGGAACAAUUCAUUAACAGUAUUCAGAAAUGAAUAAUAACUGGUGCGGUAUCUGCAUCUUUUAUUUGUUACAUGAAUUAAUGAAUGAAUUCACUUUAGCUUGCCAAUGUUUCAUUAUAGAAACUUUUUUUGCGAAUGAAAUAAUGUACUACAUAUUUAUGUAAUUAAUUUUUAUUCUCAAAAUGUUCUCAUGUACAAUGAAUAUGUAUCAUGUAUUUUCACAUUUUUCAUAAGAAAGAAGUAACAAGAGUGUCGCAGAAGGAACUGUAAUGCUCAUCUGUUAUUUCAAGUAAAUAAGGGGCAUAUAUGGACAAUCAUUCAAGCAAGAGUUAUGGUCUUAUGGCAGAAGCAAGGCCCAUAACUCUAGGUUUUAUUACUCCGGAGUAUUUUGCCUUGUUUGGCUUAAAAAGAAAAUAUAUUUGAGCAUUGAUGUUAUCUCUGUAGUGCUGUUGUUAAUACAAGGAUCUGUAUGGAACUAUAUUUUUUGUGCAAUAGAUCUUAUGUGAAGGAAAAACAUACCAAGGGCCUAACAUGACCUCGCGUCAAGACGCUGAAGCUACAAAAUUCCAAGUUUUCAGUAGUAACGUUAAAUUUUCCUUUGAUAACACAUUGGUUUGUUGGUGACAAUUUCCGAAGUUAAAAUAUUUGAAAGUUCAGCAUAUCUGUGCAAUGUCAUAUCAUUAUUUGACAUUUUUGAUCACAUGAUACUACACCAUUUUUCAUUGGACUAAUGGUUCCGCAUUUUGCAAUAAGAUGUUGCUCCGCUUUAUAGCAAAAAUUCCGAGACCAGUAAAAAUUGCGGCCUUGGCAUUUUGAUGUGAGACCACCAAUAUAUUGUGCUGUAUUGUUUUAUUUACUUGUUUUACCAACUGCGUCUUAAACUUGCUGUUAACUUUUCUGUAGUUUACAUUAAAUCACUUUUUUACAACGUUUGUGAAACAAGUUAUCGAAACAUUAUAUUAAUCACUCUCAUUGGCACAAUGUUAUGCAAGAGUGUGCUCUGUCUUGUGUUGUGGGGUAAACCGGAGUUCCCGAAGGAAACCAGCUUGUCCGGCUUGGUAACCAUAUUUCUGUAUUUCUGGCUUCAGCUUUUGUAAAAGUUUUUUGUAAACUGUUUAAUAUGCUAAUAAUAGUCAGUAGAUUUUUCAUUCUAAAUGCUAGGGUUUUAGGUAGUGUGUUAAAGAAGGGUGCUGCACUCUCUCCUUUGGUAGCACCCUUCUGCCCUCAUGGACAUUAGAAUGUGCACCCUCCUGCCUUCAAAGAAUUGAACGCUUAAUCAGGGUAAUCAAAUAUUUAUUUUGUUUUCAUUAAAACUUGAAAUAAGAUUAUGAAGUUAACAAACUUUACAUAUUUGGUAGUUGAAAACCUUAUAUUCCUUCAAACAAGCACAAUUUCUAACAUUUUCCAUGAAACUCAUAAUGCUUUAAUUAUUCACUGCCUGAUAUGUGCCCUUUUCUGCAGUACCCUGUCCCUUUUCUGCAGCACCCUGUCCCUUUUCUGUAGCACCCUGCCCUUUUUAAAACCUGGCUAAAACCCUAGUAUACAUGUACAUAGUAUUACUGCUGCUUUUUGAAAUUGUAAUAAUUAAUUAUCAUGGACAUAUAAAUAGUAUGUCCGUUCUUGAAAUGUCUGUAAUAGUGUGAAUUUUAAAUUGAAUUGUUAUUGGACAUAAAAAAGCGUUUCUAUGAAGGCUGUCCCUUGAUAUCGUUUUAGAUGAAAUUGGAUCUUGAAAAUGUCUUAUUUUUAAUCUUUUAUGAAAGCUUUAACUUUUUCGAAGUGUUAGUAGAAUAUAAAAAUAGUUGGACAGAAGUAAAAUUUUCAUUAUAGAAAUUGGGAUAUUUUUUGGUGUUUUUUUUUCAAUUGGGAAGAAAUUGGAUUUCAGCCUCUGCUAAAGAAGAUGAAUAAGCCUUGAAUCAAUAUUAUUAUAGAUCUCAAAACAAAAAAAAUACAUUCCAGUUGCUUCUGCUAUGGGAGUUUAUGUAUGCUUAAAGAAAAAAGUAACAUAUUUUUAAGCAGUUUGGCCUAAUAAUAAAAUGUUUGGUUCAUGUUACCCAACCCUACCUACGAAACAGGCGCCAACCCUAGCCUUUUUAUAGUCAGUUGGUAUGAUAAUGAAAUAAAAAGCCAACCGACCGUUUUUGGAAAAGGAUGUAACCCUAACGAAACCAUUUUUUUUGUUAACUUUUUUACCCCCCAUACCCCCCCCCCCCCCCCCCCCCCCCCCGCUUUCCAGGGAUUGACAAUUAUCAACUUUAAGAUCUCCUGUUCUAACUGGACCCUUAUACACAGGAAAUUUUGUACAAAUUAAUGUGUAGAAUUCAUUGUUAGUUAAAUAUAUACCAACUAAGAUGCAUGUAUUUGUUAGCGUCAGCUAUAUAGAAAUAUAUAUUGAAUAGUAAAUAAUAAUUAAGCUAGGAAAAAGUUCUAAUAAGGAGUUUUGUUAAGUAUAUUUUAUGAUACCACGGACCUCCUGAUGAUACAAAUUGUUAGCUUGUUAAAUCUUUUUUGUUAUAGUUUUAUAAGAUACAUUCGUAUGUUAAAGAAUUUUAUUUAUUAACUACCUGAAGUUGAAUAACAUGUAUUUUCUACAUGUAUAGCAUUUGCUUAUUUGUUUUGAAAUAGAUUAUCUUUAAUCAUUUAUUCAUUUAUAUAAUUAUGGCAUGCAUUUAUAUUCUUUAAAUGAUAUAUUUAUAAGGUUAUGAAUAUGUUUGGCAUUAAAUGCUUUCAUUAUG